GAAGACCCGAAAUAUUGAUUAGUACACCAAAUCAAAUCCGGAUAGGAAUCUCAGAAAACCAUUCGAAGAAGAAAAAAAAUGAAACCCUAGAAAUUCUUAGAUCUUCACAGUGGAGAAACUCAAUUCAAUAACGGAUUCUCAAUUCGGAAAGGAUUCUCAAUUCUACUGUAAGCUCAAUUUCCGAUUUUAAUUUUUCGAUUCGUUUAUAUACAUAUAUAUAUAUAUAUAUAUAUAUGUGAAAAAUCGAUUCAAAGUCGAUUCGUUAGGUAUAUGAUUUUUGUGAAUUCUACUGAAAAUCCCUAGUUCUGCUAGGGUUUGUAAAUUUAGAAACUGCAAUUCGAUCCCUAGAGUAUUGAGAUUUUGUUUCAAGUGAUGGAUGGAAACAAAGACGAGGCUGUGAAAUGUUUGAAAAUUGGAGAAGCUGCGUUAGAGGUUGGUGAUCGCACCCGAGCUUUGAAAUUCAUUAACAAAGCUCGUAGACUUGAUCCAAAUCUAUCAGUUGAUGAUUUAUUAGCGAGUUUAGAGAAAGAAUCUAAAGUUCCACCUUUUUCACCAUUCUCACAAACUAAUGGACAAGCAGGUUCUUCUUCAGUGGGGAAGGAGAAUUUGAAACAGAGGGUUAAUGCUAAUGGAUCAUCGUCGACUGCGAAGGCGAAGAAUUAUACUGAAGAACAGGUGAGUAUGGUUAGAAAGAUAAAGUUGCAAAAGGAUUAUUAUGAGAUUCUUGGUGUGGAAAAGAAUUGUAGUGUUGAAGAUGUUAGAAAGGCGUAUAGGAAGUUGUCAUUGAAAGUUCACCCAGAUAAGAAUCAAGCUCCCGGUGCAGAAGAAGCGUUUAAAUCUGUGUCGAAAGCGUUUCAGUGUUUAAGUGAUGAAGAGAAUCGGAAGAGGUAUGAUGUUAUGGGAUCUGAUGAAGCUGUUUAUGAAAGACCUGCUGCGAGGAGAGGGCAUCAUAAUCAUAAUGGGUUUAAUGGUUUCUAUGAAGCUGAUAUUGAUGCUGAAGAGAUUUUCAGGAAUUUCUUCUUUGGUGGUGGAAUGCCGAGAACGACUACUCAAUUUGGAGGAUUUAGAUUUGCAACUAACAUGGGUGGUGGUCCAACUGUUAGAACUGCAACAGCUGAACAAGGAUCAAAUGGUGGUUUUAAUGUUCGAGCCUUAAUUCAGAUUUUGCCAAUUUUACUAGUAUUGUUGUUGAAUUUCCUUCCGUCAUUUGAACCCAUUUAUUCGCUGUCCAAGACUUACCAGUAUGAGCAUCAAUUCACUACUCAAAGGGGUGUCAACUAUUAUGUCAGGACAACUAAAUUUGCGCAGGAUUAUCCGAUUAAUAGCCAAGAGAGAAGAUCAGUUGAACAACGAGUUGAAAGAGAUUACUUUUCCGUUCUCCAACAGAAUUGUCGGGUUGAGAUGCAGCGGCGUGCUUGGGGUAUUGCUUAUGAGACACCACACUGCGAUAUGUUGAAAAAAUUCGAUCAAGUUGCUUAAUAUUUCUUAACUGAGGUGUGAAUUCUCUUCUCAUUUUAUUUCGUCUGUUAAGCUGCUACAAUGACACAGUACUACUAUAUGUUUUGGACGCGAAAGAUUCAAGUGGCGGAAAAACUUAUAUUUUUCAUGUUUAGUAAGUGAUGAGGUAGUUAAAUAAUAUACGCAUUUUAUCUCUUCAAGCUACAAUGGUACUAUCACAAAUUUACACUCUUUCAAUGGGAUUGAUAGGAGUCUGUCUACUGGUGCAUGCUUAUGAUUUCUUUGGCAAACCCACAUAUACUUGCUUGCUUGGAGUCCUAGAUGGCAAUGUUAUCAUGGUUGUUCCUUAUCUUGUUGACAUAGUAUUAUUGCUCAGUGACAUUGAUUAUAGAUUUGUGUGUUUGUACUCUUCUGGUUCA